GUAUCUAUCUAGCUUUCUCUCAUCUUCCUCCCUAGUCUCUUGUCUUCCAAUUUCCUUUCGUCAUAUUCUCGAUCCAUUAUUCCCUCUUCUCUGCGCCGUCUCUGCCACUGGUCUGAUUUGGGUUUUUUAUCUGUUCUUCUGGGGACUUCAGUUUUCCAGUGAAAAAUCUAUGAACAGUUCCUUGGAUGAGGGAAAGAAAGUGAAGUGGACAUCAGAUUAGGUCAAUUUCUCGUUGUUCAUGGGCAAUUCAUGCCGUGGGUCUUUCAAGGACAAACUCUACGAGGGCGGCAACGACGAUAAUCUGCCCGAGGAGAAUUCCAAACGCACCAACGGUUCCUCUGAUCAUCAAUCUCCGACAACCUUAAACAUCAUCGAACAAGAACUCUCCAAAGAAUCUUCCAAGAAAGACAGCAACAGUCCAGCUCUUGUCAAUCCAAGAAAAGAACACAUUAUGAGACGCAACAUCGAUAACCAGUCCUACUACGUUCUUGGUCACAAGACCCCCAACAUCCGUGAUCUUUACUCGCUGAGCCGAAAGCUAGGACAAGGCCAGUUCGGAACAACUUAUCUGUGUACCGAAAUCGCCACCGGGAUUGACUACGCGUGCAAAUCUAUAUCGAAGAGGAAGCUGAUCUCGAAAGAAGACGUGGAGGAUGUAAGGAGGGAGAUUCAGAUAAUGCAUCAUCUAGCCGGUCACAAGAACAUCGUGACGAUAAAGGGCGCGUACGAGGAUCCGUUGUAUGUUCAUAUCGUGAUGGAGCUUUGUGCCGGAGGCGAGUUGUUCGAUAGGAUCAUUCAGAGAGGGCAUUACAGCGAGAGGAAAGCCGCUGAAUUGACCAAAAUCAUCGUCGGGGUUGUUGAGGCUUGCCAUUCGCUCGGUGUCAUCCAUAGAGAUCUAAAGCCUGAGAAUUUCUUGUUGGUUAACAAGGAUGAUGAUUUCUCUCUCAAGGCCAUUGAUUUCGGGCUUUCCGUGUUUUUCAAACCAGGUCAAGUGUUCACUGAUGUGGUUGGAAGUCCAUAUUAUGUUGCUCCCGAGGUUCUGCUCAAGCGUUAUGGACCGGAAGCCGAUGUGUGGACGGCUGGGGUUAUAUUGUAUAUAUUGCUAAGCGGCGUCCCGCCUUUCUGGGCCGAAACACAACAAGGAAUUUUCGAUGCUGUCUUGAAAGGAUAUAUCGACUUCGAGUCAGAACCUUGGCCUUUGAUAUCAGACAGUGCUAAAGAUCUGAUCCGGAAGAUGUUAUGUUCCAAUCCUGCGGACCGGUUGACUGCUCAUGAAGUUCUGCGUCAUCCUUGGAUCUGCGAGAACGGGGUUGCGCCAGAUAGAGCGCUUGAUCCGGCUGUACUGUCUCGUCUCAAACAGUUCUCGGCAAUGAACAAACUCAAGAAAAUGGCCUUAAGGGUGAUAGCUGAGAGCCUCUCGGAGGAGGAGAUCGCCGGUUUAAGAGAGAUGUUUACAGCAAUGGAUACCGAUAACAGUGGAGCAAUCACAUUUGAUGAGCUCAAGGCCGGGUUGAGAAAAUACGGGUCAACCUUGAAAGAUACGGAGAUCCGUGAUCUCAUGGAAGCGGCCGAUGUGGAUAACAGCGGGACAAUAGAUUACGGAGAGUUCAUUGCAGCAACGAUACAUCUAAACAAACUGGACCGGGAGGAGCAUCUGGUGUCGGCGUUCCAGUACUUUGACAAGGACGGAAGUGGUUACAUCACGAUAGACGAGUUACAGCAAGCGUGCGCUGAACAUGGCAUGAGCGAUGUCUUCCUCGAAGACAUCAUCAGAGAAGUGGAUCAAGACAAUGACGGAAGGAUCGAUUACGGCGAAUUCGUCGCCAUGAUGCAAAAGGGUAAUGCCGGGAUCGGGAGAAGAACCAUGAGAAAUAGUCUGAACAUGAGCAUGAGAGAUGCAUUGCCCUAGCAGAGCGCUCUCUCCCUCUCUCUCUGCAUAUUUCUUCUCCUUACCGUGUAAACUCGAAAGCUGCAAUUACAGCAAAGAGAUCCCUCCAAGUUGUUUCCAUCAUCAUCAUCAUCAUCAUCAUCAUCAUCAUCAUGCCACAAGGAUCUCUCGAGGUUGAAGAAGUAAAUGCUAUGGCAAGAGUGUUUAUGUUUCAUGGUGUGAGACGUGUUUUUUUCUUCAUAAGCCUUGUUGUUGUCUUUUUUUUUUGUCGAGACAUUGUGUUUUUGUAAUUUAAGGUUGUCUCUAUGUAAGGUUUGUGAUUUUUUUCUUUAAGCAUUCUGCCUUCUGAUUCAAUUUUUCUAA